GGGCCUCGCGGCGCGUACCCUUGCUAGCAUCGAGCUAGCACAUAGCUAGCACCGAGUUAGCUACUUGGCUAACUUGCGACAACCUGUUUGACGGAGCGCUCCGGCGCGUCCCCCUCGUGCUGCGGCUAGCGGCGGGGGCCGGACCCGGGGCUGGUGGUAGUAAUGUAGACGUCUAAACGUCGGCACUUCGUGUGUAGACCUGUUGGAUGCACGGGUCUCUACAUUUAGACGUGUUAAGUCUUGUCUGGUGCCGUUCGACUUGUGUAAACCAGACGGGUUCCUGCGCGUUCUGUCACCGCAGACUCGCUCCAACACCUCACGGUUCAUCUCCCUUAUGUUCCGGCACAGAACCGUCUCCAUGUUAAAUAUCCUGGCCUUCAAAUUGCUUUAAAUGCGAAUACCUGCAGUGCAUGUCCUAGUUUUGGAAAAAAUUACCAAAAAAUGACGUUAGUUGGAUUAGGUCUUCAUGGUAAUCGACUGACAGACCGCCUGGUUGUGAGACAGUCUCUGUAAAGACAGACGGGUCUGGCUGUGAGGCGGGCCAUUCUGGCUGUGAGACAGACUCCUUCUGUAAAGAAAGACGGGUCUGGCAGUGACACAGACCGCCUGGCAGUGAGACAGACCGUCUGUCUGCUUACGCAACCUCCCGGUAAGAGUGUCUGGAAGGGCAUUAGCGCCCAUUUUUAGCACAUGUUGUCCCGGUCAGAGUCGGCCCGGGUUAAAUAACGUCACCUCGACCUUACUUCAUGGAGACCGCCGUGGUCUAUCGGACGGGUAUGUCCUGCUUAUGGACCCGGCACGGCGCUACAUGGAUGUAGUUUUCAACGAAUGAGGAAGGGUGUGCAGCCCGACUUCAUGCUGCUCGCCAUGUGCUCUUUCCUGGUUCCCUUCGCUGCUCCAUAAAAGGGCAAACCGGAAUGACGUGGAGCAGACCAACGCAAACCGAGAUGGAGUCAUUUCACCCCAACGAAGAGGAAACAGAAAAUGUCACCACCAAGGGAGGAGGCCUGAACCCCAACGCUAAAGUGUGGCAGGAGAUCCCCGCCCCCCAGAACGGGCUCCCGGCGGGGGGCCAGGAGGAGCCGGGCUGGCUGCAGCCCACCUCGCCCUCAGGAGAGGGGCCUGAAGGUUUCUCUGAGGUGGCGUUCUCUGAUGACAAGGGCUACAGCACGGAGUACUCGGACACCUCCGAUGGUGUCCCGGCGCUGGCCGUGGAAGGCCUCACCAACGGGGGGGCUGAGCCGCUGGACUUCGGGUACCCCCUGUUCGACGCCCCGGGGGGCGGCCCUGCCGACGCGGAGCUGGUCAAGGAGGAGCCUAUGUCUGAGGAGAACCUCAGAGAGUCUCUGAAGAAGCAGCUGGAGUUCUGCUUCUCCAGAGAGAACCUCUGUAAGGACCUGUACCUGAUGUCCCAGAUGGACAGCGACCAGUUUGUUCCGGUCUGGACCCUGGCCUGCAUGGAGGACAUCAAGGUGCUCACCACGGACUCUGAGCUCAUCCUGGAGGUUCUUAAAGCCUCUCCCAUGCUGGAGGUGGACGAGGCCGGAGAGAAGGUCCGACCCAAUCACAAGCGCUGUAUCAUCAUCCUGAGGGAGGUGCCGGAGACCACCCCGGUGGAGGAGGUGGAGGCUCUGUUCAAGAGUGACAGCUGUCCAAAAGUCAUCAGCGUGGAGUUCGCCCACAACAGCAACUGGUACAUCACGUUCCAGUCGGACACGGACGCGCAGCAGGCUUACAAAUACCUCCGGGAAGAGGUGAAAAUGUUCCAGGGAAAACCCAUCAUGGCUCGCAUCAAAGCCAUCAGCACGUUCUUCGCCAACAACGGCUUCCGCAGCGUGGACUCGAGCGCGUUCAGCCGGUCCCCCGCGGCCUCGCAGCCGGCCUUCAACUCGCCCCUCUACAUGCAGCCGGUGUACAGCCCCCAGCAGCAGCAGUACCCCGUCUACCCGCUGGUCACGCCCUCAUGGAACCAGUCGGCCACGCCCUACUUCGAGACGCCGCUGGCCCCGUUCCCCAACAGCGGGUUUGCGAACAGCUACAACGGCUCCGCCCCCUACAAAGGGUCCGGCAGCGCCCCCGCGGGUCGGACCUUCAACCGGAGCCGCCUCCAGGGGAAGAGCCACCCCAGGCCGGGGGCCCUGCCCGCUCUGAUCCCAGGGCUCUCCAGGGACGGGGGGUCUGCCCCCACCAGCCCCCUGCUCCCCCAGACCCCGGGGGCCGCCGGGGCCCCCCCCCAGGAGGCGGUGGUGAUGCCCAGCCUCCACAUGAGGGACCUGCCUCCAGGCGACAUGGGCCUGGCCGGCCGUGGGAGGCGAGGCGGUUCCAGAGGCAUGAGGCGGAGACGGGAGGACGAUCGCACUCUGAGGCCGGUCCCGUUGAUCGAGGUGAAGCCGCCCGCGCCCAAGUUCGACCUGGCCUCCUCCAGCUUCCCCCCCCUGCCGGGCUGCGUGGUCACCAGCACCCAGGAGGAGGCGGUCCCCGAGACGCGGCUGUCCGACGUGGUGCGCGGCCGCUGGGGGCCCGACAAGGCGGAGAACAAGGAGGAGAGGAGGGAGGCCCGGCCGCCCAAAGCCCCUGAAGCCGCCGUCGCCCCCCCCGCGGUGGUACCUGCUGCCGUGGCCCCCGUACCGGCCCCCGCCACGCCCCUCAUAGUGGCCACGCCCGUCCUGAGUGUUUCUCAGCCAACCAAGACGCCCCCCAAAACCAAGAGUCCCCCGGAGACUGCGGAGCCUGCUCCUCCCCAGGAGCUGGUCCCCGUCCCCGUCCCGGUCCUGGUCCAGGCCCAGGCCCAGGCCCCCACCGAGUCCGGGUCUCCGCCCGCUGCAGAACCUGUUCCCGACAAAGAGACCACCUGCCGCCUCCCCGGGUCCCCCGCUACAGCCCCCACCCCCACACAGAGCCUGGUCCUGGAGUCCAGGAAGCUGAGCUACGCCGCCGUGUGCCAGCUGCCCGCCAAGGAGCUUCCCGCCCGGCCGCCCUCGCCAAGCUCCUCCCCCGACCCCGAGGCCACCCAACCGCUGCGGGAGCUGGGGGUCAACAAGGCGGAGGACCCCCGGACCCCGUCCAACCAGAGCGCCGGACGGGGGGCCGAGAAACCCGGGGAGGCGGGGGCCCCUCGCGAGCCCCUGGGCUCCUACCGCGGGGUCAACGGGCCCCCCAGGGCCUCGGGCCUGAAGGGCCGGGAGCGUCCCCGUGCCCCCCCUCCCGGGAGACGCGCGGCCCCACAGGGGGGGGCCCCCCGACACAGCGGCAAGGAGCAGAACAUUCCCCCCCGGUCCGCCAAAUAGGAGGGCUGCUGCCGCUCCCUCAUGAACUCGGAGACGAUGUGUAUCUAUAUGUAUAAAGAGAGAAAUAUAUAUUAUGGGGUUCUUCAAGAGGAACCCCCCACGACCCUGAGGGCGCGUUCAGACCAGGUCCCACCGCUGUGUGGGUUCAUGUUGUGAACUUUGACCUCUCCCUCAAGCAGGGUUACGGCUCUGGACGACACGGCGGCCAUCGGUCUCUCUUCCAUCUUCCCAGCUGCAUCGGUAAGCGGCAGAAGGCUACGAUGCUAACGCUACAUGGUAAACAAGGUUCUUCUUUUCUGCCUGUAUGCGAUUGGCAGCGGUGGCUUGAUGUCUGGUUGCGUUUCUCCAAAGGUUGAUUCCGUCUCAACUCUUCGCCACAGGCGGUGUCUUUCUUCGCAGCCCCAUAACCCCCCCCCCCCCCCCCCCCUUCAGAUCAAGGGUUAAACUGGUCUGAGCAAGCCCUAAAGGUACGGCCACACUGAAAGCGUAUGCGCGUAACGCCCCUAACCUGACGCUUGAUCAUUGUGUGUCACAAAAAUGGUUCAACGCGCCUACGCAGCUAGAUGAGCCCGCCUAGCGGAGUUGUCUUGCUUCGCCCUGAAGGGGCUUAUUUUCAAUUAAUGUCUGGUGACGUUCUAUACAUUAUCCUGCUUAUUACACGGCUACUUGCCAAAACGAAAAAAUAACUUCACAUGGUGUGUCUUUUUACAAUUUAUUCGUUACCAGCAUUCGUAGGGUUUAUUAGUAGAGAAAUGGUCCGCCAAAGACGUUGACGUCGCUUAGCAACCGAAGACGCUGGGGUUCACAAGUCACCGGAAUACUACCCAUGCAAGUGAACGGAGCGUUCCACGGCAUUGAGAAGGCCUGUGUAAUAAAGGCCUAUAAUAUUUCUGUUUAUGGCAUAGAUUUCUCCUCAGUUUAGGCCAAUAAUGCAAUGAUUAAAAAAAAAAUAACACGCGCUCGAUCAAAGGCCCGGCCCGAGGAUAGUGGUGGGAAAUAUAGGCCAGACCCGGCCCGCGGGUCGGCUCGGGCUCGGGCAGAGAAUCUAAACUCGAGUGCAUGACAUCCCCCGUAGGCGCUCACAGCUGGGUGAGUUCCACCACCUCCUCAUCGUUUCAGCACACACUGAAACGAUGACUUGGUCGUCCAUGUUCUUUCUGCUUCUGUGCGUCCUCCGUCUCUCUCCCAGUGACAUCGGGUCAAGCUGUCAAAAGUUCAUUUUUUUUUUAACUCUGCGCGUUAGUGCGUUGGGCGCGUUAUUUAGGUGCGUAAAAUGCGCGUUAUUUAGGUGCGUAAAAUGCGCCUAACGCGCUGCGUUAGCGCGUGUAACGCAUUACGCGCCUAAACCAAUGGUUCCCUAUGCAAAAAUGCUGAUUUUCAACGCCUCUAAACGUGCGUAACGAGUUCAGUGUGGCCGUACCAGAUCCGGCCUUUGGAACCCCUUCCUGUUGGUGGAACAGUUUUCAAGAUAACCAAUAUGGCCCUAAUCUCCUAGUAGAUGCUAGGAGUCAAGUGUUGUAUAUCUAUAUAGCUAUAUAUAAUCUGAUUUUAACGAGAAAUGUAUGAGCAACAAAUGAUUUUUGUUGGAAACAAAUCAAAGUACAGCUGAGAUAGCCGUAGGAAAAGUAUGAUGUUGUACAACAUUGCAAGGGACAACACAAAGUUAUGGCUGUUAAUUGAUCAUUUCGUCCGUGCCCGUUUAUUUGUUAGGGUGGUGCGGUUAGUCAGCCAUGUUUGUUUUUUUAACCAUCAAAUGUUUAUCUUAUUUGAAAAAAUGCUCUUAUAACAUGCUUAUUAUAAGCAGUUUAUUGUUUGGCUACAAUGUACUGAACACUGGAGAGAAGUGCGUGGUGAAGUGCAUUGUUUUAAUCCUGUCCAAAUGGUGGGUUUUCAGUUUAGACUCCCUGAUAAGAAAUCGUGUUUAGAUUUCAGUCCUUCCUUCUGUACUGAUAUCGGGCCUUUCCACCUCACACUGGAGCAUCUACCACCCAAUCCUCUCUACAGGGACUUUUAGAAUCAUAUAAAAAGGCUUUUUAUUAGUUUCUGUUGGCUGGUAUGGGUGUGGAACUUGGAGUUUGUCAACCGGGAAGGUGUUUAGGCCAUGUGACCUUGCAAUCGCUUCUUAUUGGCUGAUUGGAUUGGAGUGGAGCUAGAGGAUAUCAUUCCCUCCACUGGUGCUGUCCUGUCCCCUUGAGUGCAGGGCUAUAUAUAUAAAUAUAUAUAUACCAGUGCUAUAAAUGAACCUAGGCUAGCAUGUCUUCAAGUUUCGUAAGUUCAGGGAUAAGGGGAAUAGUUUUUUGUUUUUCUCCAGCAAAUCAAAUGCAUCUUUUAUUUAUUUUUCUUAUUACAGUACACUGCUGUGGUGUUGAUCCUUUCUGAGUCAAUUGUGGCUGUGGGGAGUUGUAAAGUUGAGCCCUACACAUUUCCCUGAAAGUUGCUCUAUUUAAGAUUUGAGAGUUGUGAGAGGGAGGAAAGGAUUUUGAAGUAAUGUUGCGUUCAAGACCUGUUUAUGGUGCUAUAAUACUCACAGAGCACUAAUACCUGAUGAUGGUUUUGACAUUUCUAUCAAAUGACACUCAAAGUGUAACUCUCAAAUCUUGCAUAGUACUUCUCACCAUUAUUGCGCUAACUUCGUUUAAACAUGAUACACGCACGCUUAUUGUGAACGGAAAAUUGAUCGGAAGUGAUCAAUCCAUUUAAAGGGAAUAUAAAUUGUCUGACCGAAUCUGGUUUCAGGGUUUUUGAUCAAUUUUGUGGCUGAAAUUGUAAUUUAUUCCAAGAAACUGAUCUGAUCUGACUGGAACAACCAGGACGAUGACCUCAGAUGGCUUUGUAAUACGCAAUUUGAUUUGUGAUAAUCUUUUGGGUAAUCCAUUCAAGAGCUCCACAAGGAAAAUGAUCGUUGAUGUACUGCCUGAUACACGCAUUACCACGUGUAGGGUUGCGGUAGCAAUCAAAUCUGAGGCUCCUCCUUUCACAAGUAUUGUUCUUAAUCAAAAUCCCUUCUGAACAUGCAUGACCUGGCUUUGACCAGAGCCGCUCCACUCUAUAAAGUUCUGUUAAACCCUGAGCCUGAGAUAAAUUAGUCCUUUUGGGGGAAGCUAAUUUUGACUCCUUUUGAAUGUUGUAGCAAGUAGGGUUUUUUAAAUCGAAAUCUAUGAAAUGCACCCAUUUUAUCUUUUAACCAGCAGUGUUUUUAAUCAUUUUAUUAUGAACCUCGCACGUUCAUUCUUUAAGGCGUGAUGUGCAUUUUACAAGAUGUUAAUAGUUUAAUUUUAGCGUUUUCUCGAAAUGUUUGAGAAGAGGGCGUAUACUGGGUUGUGAAAUAAUAGAGUAGCAGCAUCUAUUGAUAUUGUCAAUUGAUUUCUGAUUCUCAUCAAAGCUUCUAAAUGGGCAGCUAGUGGUUGGGUGAACUUCAAUGCACUCACCUUUUAAAUCGAUUGGACUUCACGGGAUUGUAUUUCCAUAAAACAAUUUCAUUCAUAGAAAUGAAAGGUUUGCUGACAUUUUAUUCAAACCGCUUGAUUUCAGUGUUCUUUGUUGCAUCAUUUUUUUUGAUGUGGUUCUGGUGGACUUAACGUGUCUGAGAUGCAGGACGUAACUGGAUCAGGAUGGACGUGGUAAUAAAGCAACUUUAAUUCACCAUAGUGUGUAUUUGUGUGCUUAUGAGGGAUUUGUGGUUGACAUCAGGUUGUAUUUCCGCUUCUUUUAUGAAUGUUGUAUUUUAUGUCUUUAAAAGUGAUAUUUGUUCUGUUCAUUGGUCUGAUCCUUGGGCCAAACUAACAUUUGUGCCUUUUUUAUUUAAUUUCUUUGAAAAUAGAUGUAAGAAGAUCAUGUUUAAUUCCAAACUGAACACCGCUGCUUUUAAGAACGUCUUGGGCUUAGUGUUUGACCGCUGUUCCCAGGCCCUUCAACAGGUCUGUGGGGAUCUAAUCGUCGGUGUGUGUGAGUGUGCAUGCUUGUGACCAUUGUCUUGUGUAGAUAUCACACGUUGCUUGCCCAUACAGCUUCCAUCCCACCCACGUGGGUCAUGCUCAGUGAUUAAACACCCGGAUUGGAGUCAAGGCGUGGUUAAUGUUGUAUCAUUAAGCCUGGUGUAUGAAAAUAAAGAUUAUAUUUUUAACA